UUUUCCAAACAAAAAUUAAUAAAUCAAUUCUUUCCAAUGUAUCACAAACGUCUUGUGUCUCUUUUCGCUUUAUUUUCUCUCACACAUCGAAGCAAUAGUCAGCACUCUAGUGAAGAGAUCAUCGCCUAUGUCAAUUCGCACGCCACCACAUGGACUGCUGGAAUAAACCCGGACAACCCGGCCUUGGACUCUCUUCGAUCCCUGGACCCAAAUAUCUCCCUCUUGUACACGAAAGACGAAAUGAAAGUCAUGUUCCACAGACAAGAGUACAUUUCCCGUCUUCCAGAGGAGUUCAACGCUCUGGAUAAGUGGCCCAUGUGCAGAAACGUUAUAGCACGAGUCAGAAACCAAGGGAAAUGUCAAAGUUGUUGGGCAGUGCAAACUGCUUCUGCUUUUUCUGACAGAAUCUGCAUCGGAAGCCUCGGAAGGCUCCAAUUCCAUGCCUCCGCAGAAGAUGUAGUUUCGUGCUGUGGUCACUGCUCUGUAGACGAUAGUUCUUGUGCUCCUGGAUACAUCGGCAGGGCUUGGAAACACCUGAGAGACAACGGGGUCGUCUCAGGAGGGGAAUACGAAUCACUUGAAGGCUGUAAACCCUACUCGGGUGAGCUUUUUCACUGUAUGAAAGACUUGCCUUGUCGAAAGUGGUGUUCUAACUCGUGCUACCAAAGAGACUACGAUACAGAUUUACAGAAAAUACAUCACGUGUACUUGGUAUCACCCAACGAAACGCAAAUCCAAGACGAGAUUUACUACAACGGCCCCGUUGUGACUUAUCUAGAUCUUUAUGAAGAUCUUGAAGACUACAGAGAAGGUGUGUAUCAACACUUGUACGGGGACUAUAUUGGAGGACAUUUCAUCAAACUUGUGGGGUGGGGGAUGGAAACGCAGACCAAGUACUGGCUGGCUGCCAAUUCGUGGGGACCAAGUUGGGGGAAACUGAACGGAUUUUUCAAAAUCUUGAGGGGGGAAAAUCACUGUAGAACAGAGGAAGAAGUCAGAGCCGGAAAAACCACGCAGAUUACUUUUCGGGAGUACUUACUUACUAAUCCCGAGUUUGUAGGAAGUGUCAGCUCAAACUUGAAACCUUGGAAUGGGUUGGCUUUGGUUUCGUGGACGUUUUUUUACACACUGAUGCAAAUUUUAUACCACUUUUAAUAAAAACUGA